AGGGAGAGUACAACGAGUUAAGUGUUUACCAACCUCCAGCUGCAUUUAGAGAAUAGCUUUUAUCAGAUGUGGGCAGUCGCAAAGUCAGACUGAGGCAGAGAGACAGAGGAGGAGGAGGAGAGUGAGCGCAAAUUCAUUGUACAUUAUGAAGGGCUGCUUUAGAAAGACGAGGCAGACAGGCUUCCCAUGAGGCUUCAGCACAGAUUUUUUUCAAGCUGAUAGACCGGAACUUGUGAUCGCUCAUCACUACAGCUCUGCUAAGGCGCAGGAAGCCUCUAGCUGCUUUAAAAAAGAAUCCAAGCUUAGAGUGGGAGAGAGGACAGACAUGCACAGGUGCUGCUAAAGGGAGAAGGCAGAGCGAGAACGAACGAAGAGCAUAGAGAGGAGGAAGGGGGGAGUAAGUGAGCGAGUGAGAGAGACAGGGAGGGAGGGAGGGAGGGAGGGAGGGGGUGUAGGAGGAGACUUGACUUGCUUCAGAGGGGAAUAGGAGCUGGAGAGCAAUUCCAAAACAGCUGUCCGGCAGACGUCCCAGUCGACAGAAGUGAAGCCUGAGGCAGAGACAGGAGGCAGGGCAGUGUCAACAAGCCACAGGAGCGGCGCAGCAGCCACAGCUCACACAGAGACACAGCGGAAACAUCAACCUGAGGCUGCAGCGUUCAGGACAGACGUACCUGGAAGGAUCAGCAGCGCUCCAUCAGAGGGUCUGAGGACUGUCCAUUCGACUGUCAGACAUCCCCGGUCCUGCUUGGAGUCCCGUUUCCUGAUCGAUGUCAGAAUCCCUGUCGUUAAUUUUGAUGCCCCACAUAGUGUCUGUAUAACUGAGAAUGUAACUGGAGCAUUUUCCCCUGAGGAACUGUAACGUCCAGAGCCUAUUAAGCGUUUCUGACUGUUGUGUCCUGCAUAUCUGAUAUCUAUCUAUUACAGCCAUGCCAGCAAAAGCACCAAUAUACUUGAAACCCACAAAUAGUAAGAAGGGCAAAAAAUGUCGCCUGAGAGACAUUUUGUCGCCAGAUAUGAUCAGUCCACCCCUCGGGGAUUUUCGCCACACCAUCCACAUCGGCAGGGGAGGGGAGAGGGAUGCCUUUGGAGAUAUGUCCUUUCUCCAAGGGAAGUAUGAGCUCCUACCUGGAAAAGCAGAAGUCCAACCUCAGUAUGGCAUCCAAAGUGAGUUUUUGAGAGCAAAUAGUACAGGUGAUGCCUCCUUCGCUGAGACCCCCUCUCCAGUUCUGAAAAACGCCAUUUCACUCCCAACUAUUGGUGGCUGCCAAGCACUUACCCUUCCCUUGAUCUCCUCCACUGUGUUCUCCAUGCCGCCAGAGCCCUUGGAGGACAUUGUCGGGCCUACAAAUUCCCUGAAAUCUGAUAAUGUUGAGGAGGUAGAAAUACUGCAGAUGGAUGCUCUGCUGCGUUCAAUGGAUGUUUUCAACAGCGAACCGUCAUCUCCAUCUGCAGACAUACUGUCAAAGCCCGACGUCCUCCUGGAUCUUCUGGAGAACAGAGAUAAAGCCACAACUAAAGCCAUUACCAAAGCAAACAAAAUAAACAAAAGUGAAAACAGGUUUGACAAGCCAUCAUCCUAUUACAUCAACGGCCACAGCAACAGCAUCUACAAAGCUAACGGGAGUCUGAACAGCAACACGAGCAGCGACAGCUUCGACAGCUUCAACGGUAAAGGAGACUUCAAGACCAAGACCUGCAACGGAAGCGGGAGUCUCAACGGUAAUGGCAACUGCAACGGUUAUGGACACUUUAACAAUGACAUUAGCCUGACCUUUAAGCAGGAGCUCCCUAAGUACAACAGGGAGUGUGUGGACAGGGACAGUGGGGUGGAGGAGGGUCGCAUCUGUGAUUUGGAGUUUGAGUUUUCCAAGGAGAAGAGCACGUCGCAGGAUUCCCUCGCCCAGAUCACAGGGUCAUUCCUGUCUCUUGAACUCGAUCUGGGCCCAUCUAUCCUGGAUGAUGUGCUCAACAUAAUGGAUAAACCCGCAGUGAAGAGCAGGCCUUGAGCUGCACUGAGGCCCCAAAAGGAGAAAGGGAAUUAUUAAAAUAUAGCCAUGAGGACAGAAAGACUCAAAAAGCAAUCAAAAUGGUGUCUGGAUAUAUCAUUGUGAUGGAGAUGAGCUUCAAUACAUGAGAGCUGCUUAUGUUUUUACUGUCGAAAGAUUUAACUAUUAAGCUUCUAUGGAGUGUUGAUACUUCUUUUUUCAUUUGCCAUGCUAGCGGCAUGUUUAAGAUGCAUGUGCUAUUGAGUUACAGCUAAAACACAGCCAUUGUGCCUUUGACUUAGAGGUUAAAUUACUGUAAAAAUGCUACCUUAUAGAUUUGUGUUAUUGUGUUAACUCCCACAGUAUAUAGUACAAGGUAACUUAACUAGAAGUCCUUUGCUUUUUUUUUUUUUUUUUAUACACAAUCUUGACUUUAGGUCUCUCUGAACAUAUUGCAUUUUGUGACUUUAAGUGUGUUUAACAAAGCACUAUUUUGUUUGUCACAUGAAUUCAUUUUGCCACACGACUAUUUCAAACAACAGAACACUAUGCAUAUUUGUGUUGUUAAUAAUGUAACACAAAUAAAUUAAUUUUAUCCA